AUGUCCGACACCACUCAGGAUAUGCUGUUGCAGCGUCUUUCAGAAUUUCUGACCACCUAUGGUCCCCUCCCAGCCGAUAUAGACUUCGGCGAAGAACUUACGGAGGCUCAUGGUCUUAUUGCUGAGUGUUUGGAGGCUCUCACCAAGCCUCUUGACACCCCCGCGCGACUAGAACCCGUUAUUGACAAAGCUCAGGAAGAGGUCAUUGCCGGCCUCACCACAGAACUAGAAGCAGCCAACGAAAAGGCUGCCGAUUUUUGGCAAACCUUGUGCGAUAACCAGGAAGAUUCUACCGAGAUCUUCCGAGGUCGCGACGAGGUUAUCGUUGCUUUGAAGAUUGAGCUGGAGGAGUCUAAGGCCGAAAAGGAGGAGCUUCGGUAUCGCCUGGCACUACAUCAGGAAAGUCUCGCCACCGCUGAUGAGAACCUCGCUGAUGCUGAAGAUGAGAUUCUUCACAUCACCUCUGUUGCAAAGGCCUGGGAGGCCCAAGCCAAUGCCAUGAUUGCUGACCUUCGUUCUCGUAUCUCCGCCGCCAUAGUUAAACCCCGAUCCCGCCAUGUCUCCGUUAAACCUCGUUAUCUCACCCCUCGCUCACAAGACCCCCCCGGCGUUAAAAGGUCAGCCCCUUUGGUAAAGAUUGGCAAACCAAAGGGGCCAACCCCGCCACCUGUCUCUGUUCUUCCUGCUGUUACUGUGUCCGAGGAUAAGAUGUUUGAAGACUCUCUUGUCGUCACCUGCUCUGUCUCCCAGAAUCCCGACUCCUUCGUUCCCACCUAUGCUCUCAUCGACACGGGAGCAUCAGGUUAUGCGUUCAUCGAUCAAGGUUUUGUGAAAAAGCAUGGACUCUCCUUGGAACCCCUGAAAACAUCACGCCUACUCGAGGUAAUCGAUGGUAGGCCAGUCAAAUCAGGAAAAAUUACCCAUGUUGCUCGCCUCUCGUUAGAUAUCCAUGGCCAUCAGGAAACUGCUUUGUUUUUCGUUACCCAUCUAAGUCACUAUCCGAUUGUGAUGGGAAUGCCUUGGAUGCGGCAACAUGAUGUUACCAUUCGACCAAAGAAAAAUCUACUCGUUUUUAACUCUUGGAACUGCUGUCAACACUGUUCACUCAGUGGAACGGCGGUUACUGUCCAUGGCAUAUCGAUCCCCUUACCAGAAUUUCAUACAGUUGUCAGCUCAGUAGCUGAUAAGUCCACCACCGACGUCAAGCAACUCGUACCAAAGGAAUUCCACCAUCGCCUUCCCAUGUUUAAAGAAUACGAUGCCUCAGUCCUUCCACCUCACCGACCCUCCCAUGACAUUGAAAUAAUUUUGGAAGAGGGUAAACGACCACCGUAUGGACCCAUCUAUGGCCUGUCGCAGACUGAAUUGAAAGCAUUACGGGAAUAUCUUGAUGAGAACUUACCCAAAGGAUUUAUUCGGGCCAGUGAAUCACCGGCGGGAGCACCUAUACUAUUUGUAAAGAAAAGUGAUGGGACUCUCCGGCUAUGUGUAGAUUACCGAGGCCUCAAUGCGAUCACGAUCAAAAAUCGGUAUCCGUUACCACUGUUAAAGGAAACUUUGGCUAAACUUUUGAAGGCACAGUACUAUACCAAGUUGGAUCUACGUUGGGGAUACAAUCAGAUCAGGGUAGCGGAGGGAGACGAAUGGAAAACAGCAUUUAGAACUCGAUAUGGACAUUUCGAGUAUACAGUAAUGCCGUUCGGAUUAGCCAACGCCCCCGCCACCUUUCAACAUUGGAUUAAUGAUAUCCUACGGCAACAUAAGGAUCACGUCCAGAAGGUUUUGAAGGUACUUGAUGAGAAUCAUGUUCACCUUAAACCUGAAAAAUGUGAAUUUAUGGUCCAGGAAACGAAAUAUCUCGGCCUUAUUCUCACCCCGAAUGGGAAUAGGAUGGAUCCGAAGAAAGUUGUUGACGUAUUAGAAUGGUCCACACCAAGGAAUCUCCAUGAUGUUCAGGUAUUUUUAGGAUUUGCAAAUUUCUAUCGACGGUUUAUUUUGAGAUAUUCAAAAAUUGUUGCUCCGCUUACAGCUCUGACCAAGAAAAAUGUCAAAUUCGAAUGGACGGAUGAAAGGGAAGAAGCAUUCCAGACAUUGAAAAAGAUGUUCACAACGGCACCCAUACUAAUGCACUUUGAUCCGGAUCGGAAAAUCGUGGUAGAAACCGAUGCAUCUGACUAUGUUUCUGCUGGAAUACUGUCUCAACGUGACGAUGAAGGAAUUCUACAUCCAGUCGCUUUCUUCUCUAAGAAACAUUCCCCUGCGGAAUGUAACUAUGAGAUCUAUGACAAAGAACUCCUGGCAAUCGUACGAUGUUUUGAGGAAUGGCGACAUCAUUUAGAGGGGGCACAAUUCCCAAUUGAAGUUCUUAGCGACCAUCGGAACCUCGAAUAUUUCAUGUCAACAAAGUUAUUAAACCGUCGACAAGCCCGUUGGUCGGAAUUUCUUUCACAUUUCGAUUUCGUCAUUCAAUUUAGACCAGGAAAACAAGGGGCGAAACCAGAUGCAUUGACUAGAAGGUCGGGUGACCUGCCUAAAGAAGGGGAUGAGCGGUUGACCCAUCAGAGUCAAGUGGUGUUGAAGCGAAAAAAUUUAGAUGCAAAGCUAAGUUUGUUCGCGGGUUCUUUUUCAAAUGAAUCCGCUGAAGGAAUGUCCACUGUAGAAGAGUUGUUUUUAAAUGCUUACCAAGUUGACAGUUUCCCGAACAAAGUCCUUGCAAUGCUUCGGAAUGGCGUCAGUUACUCGAAUAUGAUUUCGCUUGCCGAAUGCACGCUAAGACUCCUAAAGGAACAUCAUGACAAACCAUCGGCAGGCCAUCCAGGCAGAGCGAAGACUUUGGAACUCCUGAAUCGAGAGUACUACUGGCCACAGAUGCGAAAAUAUGUCGACCAGUACGUUAGGAAUUGCAAUGUGUGUGCCCGUAGCAAGGCACCACGCAAUGCACCUUAUGGGGUACUUCGACCUAUGCCAAUACCCGAUGGAUCAUGGAGGGACGGAUCAAUGGAUUUCGUUACUGAUCUUCCGGAAAGCGAUGGAUAUAAUGCGAUAUUGGUGGUAGUGGAUCGACUAACCAAGAUGCGACAUCUGAUUGCCACAACUAAAGAGGUGGAUUCAAAAGAAGUAGCGAGGUUGUAUAUCGAUAAUGUUUGGAAAUUACAUGGACUCCCUGAAACUAUGGUAUCUGAUCGAGGAACACAAUUUGUUGCGGAAUUCUGGAGGUCCCUUUGCGAUCGUUUGGAAAUAUCGCCAAAGUUCUCUACAGCAUUUCACCCCCAGACGGAUGGACAAACGGAAAGAAUCAAUGCUGUGAUGGAACAAUACCUUCGAAGUUAUGUUUCUUAUCAACAGGACGAUUGGGUUCGAUGGUUGCCAAUGGCCGAGUUUGCAACAAAUAACCAUGCUUCGGAAACGACGAGAAUCUCUCCAUUUUACGCCAACUCAGGGAGGAAUCCAAGAAUGACUUUUGGUCCUUUGGAAUAUGGUAGGAUGACAGCGGAGGAUCAGGCCAAUAGUAUUGCAAGGGAGAUGAAGGAUAUAUUGGAUUUUCUAAAGGAUGAAUUGUUCCGAGCGCAAAGAAUUCAAGAAGAGUCGGCCAAUAUGAGUCGGACUCCAGCGCCUCACUAUCGUAUGGGGGAUAAAGUUUUCCUAUCGACCCGCCAUGUCCUCACCAAACGACCCUCGAAAAAACUCGAUUGGAAGCGUAUUGGGCCAUAUAUCAUUAAGCGAAUUGUCAAUCCCUAUGCCUACGAAUUAGAGCUUCCCCGUUCUAUGAAGGUCCAUCCUGUGUCUCAUGUUUCGUUACUGUCGCCGGAAGCUAUUGAUCCCCUACCGGGUCAGCAACAAUUGCCGCCACCCCCAGUCGAAAUUGAAGGUCAAGAGGAAUGGGAGGUUGAAGACAUUUUGGAUUCCAGAAGCCGUCGGGGAAGGUUUGAAUACUUGGUAAAGUAUAUUGGUUAUGAUGAAGCUUCGUGGCAGCCAUUGUCGGAUGUCGAACACUCGCCCGAUAUCGUCAAACGAUUCCAUGAACGUUAUCCACGGAAGCCUAAGCCUACCAGGAGGUAG